GGCCCGCCGACUCUCCUUCUCAGCCCGGCUCGCUCCUUCUUUGCCCAGCAACAGAGGCGUUACCUCAGAGGAUGUCUCUGAUUGGCUGAGGAUAGCAGGGUCUCCCCUUCCUAGAAUCUGUUUUCUUCUUCUUCACCUUGGCCUUGUUCCUUUACUCCCCACAGGGACCAAGACUUACUCGGUUAAAGCACCAGAGGGCAAUGGCCCUCCCAGCCAGGCUGGUCCUGGGACUCCACACCCUGGCGAUUCUCCUGAGCCCCCAGGAAACAGGGGCCAUCAAGGCUGACCACAUGGGCUCUUAUGGACCAGCUUUCUACCAGUCUCACGGUGCCUCGGGCCAGUUCACCUAUGAAUUCGAUGGGGAGCAGCUGUUCUCUGUGGACCUGAAGAAAAGUGAGGCCGUGUGGCGUCUGCCUGCGUUUGGCGACUUUGCCCACUUUGACCCACAGGGUGGGCUGGCCAGCAUCGCCAUGAUCAGAGCCCACCUGGAUGUCCUGGUGGAACGCUCCAACCGCACCAGAGCCCCCAAUGUGCCUCCAAGGGUGACCGUGAUCCCCAAGUCUCGAGUGGAGCUGGGCCAGCCCAAUGUCCUCAUCUGCAUCGUGGACAACAUCUUCCCACCUGUGAUCAAUAUCACCUGGCUGCGCAACGGUCAAACAGUCACCGAGGGGGUGGCCCAGACCAGCUUCUAUUCCCAGCCUGACCAUUUGUUCCGCAAGUUCCACUACCUGACCUUCGUGCCCUCAGCCGAGGACGUCUAUGACUGCCGGGUGGAGCACUGGGGCCUGGACGAGCCACUCCUCAGGCACUGGGGUAUGGAGCCCCCUCCCCAAACCCCUCCCAGACCUGUGUCCCUUUACUCUAGAACCCUUCCCUGUACCCUGGUGCCCCCACCCCUUUCUUUGUCAGAGCCCCAGGUGCCUACCCCACCGCCAGAUGCCACAGAGACCCUGCUCUGUGCCCUGGGCCUGGCCAUGGGCCUGGUGGGCUUCCUCGUGGGCAUCAUCCUCAUCAUCACAGGCACACGCCUGUCCAGUGCUCCCAGGUAAUGACCUCUCUGAGAGAAACAUUGUGGGAGACACCCUGCGGAUUCCCGGCAGGUUCCUGACGGCCCCUGCGUGCUCAGUGCUCAGUGCCGCAGUCUACUAGCGCAUCCCACUGUGCUGCCUUCGAACGGGCUCCACCUCUGUCCUAUAGGCCCCUCCUUUCUGGCCGCAGCACUCAUGGCAGGACUUGUGGGGCACCAUCCAGCUCCCCUUCCCCUUCAACACACACACACACAUCCCGGCUCUACCCAAAGCUCUGGCUAGCAGCACUGAAUUCUUUAAUGGUGUUUUCGCCUUAUCCUUAUACCAGGUGUUGGCCAGGUCUCCCAGGGUGUGAGGGAUGUGGGGAGCUGGCAGAGGGGACCCUGAGUGGUGACCACUAAGCCUGGCCGCAUGGUGCUGGGGCUGGAGCCAUCCUCAGGCCGCCCAGCUGCGACUUGCUCCACUUGGCCCGUUGUGUGUUACCAUUUCACAUGCACUUCAUGAAAUAUGCCCUGGAUUCAGACUAGCCCUGAAAGGGUUGCAGAGGAUCCUGUUCCCUGUGCCUCUCUCAAGCAAGGACGGCUGUGAAGGGUGCUGGGAAAGGGGAGGCUCAUGGCGUUCCACUCCUGUCUGGAUUUGCGUGGUGUGAAGAGGCCAUUGGUGUCCAGCCACGAUGCCACUUCCUUUUUCUACAUUCCCUAGAGUCCCGUGAAUGACAGAGAGGUCCAGGGCUGAGAUGGCUACUUCCUGCAGUGUGUCCAUCACCGUAGGCAGGGGGCUGGCAGAGUUGAGGCGUCUGGGAAGAGGGGCGGUCUAAGAGAGAUCCACCACAACACUCUCUAAAUACGUGGCCUGGAGGAUUUUAGUUUACUGCGAACAAAAUUAAAAACACGCAAAGAGAUAAGGAACCAUACAAGGUGGUUUUGUCAAGUACCAAAUGAGUGGUAGAGACAAGUGGUUUUCAAACCGGAAUGUACAUAAGACUCACUUGGGAGCCUUUUGAAAGUGCAGGCCUCACCCAGACCUACUACAGUAGACUCUCAGGGACGGGAGGGGCAGUAACAGGGAGCCUGCAGUUUUUAACAUGCUCCAGAUGAUUCUGCUGCGGCCAUCCUGGACCUCGGCUGUGGUCUGGGAACUGGGACCCACUGGCUUAGUCUGGUGCUGUUGGAGAUUGUUGGCAGGAGGGAUCCCUGAGGUCUGAGGUGGACCAGAACAGCUUUCUAGAGAACCUGGGUCUGUUAGGGCAUCGAAGGUAAUCAAGAUGCAAGUAAGUAGGGAAUAGAUGGGAGUUUGAAUUGUAACCAUUUGGUCCUGGAAAAAAAAGAAACCAAGAAAUGGUGGGGACUCGGUGGACUUCCCAAGAGAGAGUAAGCUGGGAGAAAUCAAUGACAGGGAGAACCUGACGG